CCAACGUUAUCUCUUUCCUGCUCCUGCCCUCUCCCCCGCAUCUCUCCCUCCCUUGCACACCUUUCACCUCCAGUCCCCAGAGCCCCAAAUGAGUCUCGACAAGAGCACUCUCGAGGCUCACCUUGACGACCUUACUACCGAUUACUAUGACCUUCAAUUUCCGAGCGCCUUCAAGCUUGAUGAGCCCCCAUCAUCCUUGGAAGCCCUACGCAUGAUCUCCAAGUCUCAUCCCACGGUUAUCCGAGGCUACAGCCCCAUCCGCAACGGAAUAAUCCACGACUGGCGCGUGCCUGAGACUUAUAUCAAGCUCCACGCCCAAGCAGGCGAGGUCACCAUUGCCAUUACAGACGACGGCCUUGCAGACUCUGUGCGGACCCUUGCUUCAGGGGAGACAACCUUUGUCAAGCCCCUGGAAGAGCGCAUGGCCAUCACCGCUUUUCUCUCAAAACUCUCCAACUCUUCCAAUGACGAGGCUCUAUACCUUCAGUCGCAGGACGGAAACAUUUAUCGCUCACAACCCGGGAUGCGCGACGAGCCCGAGUUGGCAUCAUUCCAGGCGGCAGUCGAGCGCGAUGUGCCAUGGAUGCGCGAGGCCGUGGGGAGCAUGGCAGAGGCGGUCAAUCUUUGGAUUGGUACCAGCAAGAGCACAACCUCAUUCCAUCACGACCCAUACGAGAAUGUCUACCAUGUCUUGAGCGGCAAGAAACGCUUCACGCUCUUGUCCCCAAUCGAGGGGCUAUGCUUGCAGCAACACUUUCAUCCGCCAUCCACCCUCGUGCGUGGCGCAGAUGGCAAGCUCCGACCUGAGCUCGACCCCGAACCCGCACGCCCAGUCCCCUGGGUGCAGAGCCUGGUGCCGCCUGGCGAAGUGCGGCCCAUUGUCGUCGACCUCGAGGAGGGUGACACGCUGUACCUCCCUGCCGACUGGUGGCACAAAGUCGAGCAGGAGGAGGGCGACGGCGGGCUCGCGGUUGCCGUGAACUAUUGGUACACGUCGGAACUGCGCCCUGAGCGCUACGCAUUACUCCGUUUUGCGCAGCGCGUGGCGCGCUCCGCGGGGCGCGAGGGUGUGCUUGAUCCCGACGCGGGCGCGGACGACGACAGCGGCGACAUGGACGACGUAAUGUACAGCGACGGCUCUGUGACGUCCGCGGACGAGUGGGAUCCCUCCGAGUGGGGGCGGUAACGAAGGAAGCACCAGCGUCGGACGGCGCUGGGUGUGAUCUGACACUGUUUCAGGGUGUUUCUACAGCAUGUCCUCUCUUGGGCCCGUGUAACGAGUAAUCAUGCAUACGGGCGGCCGUUGUCCGUCUUUGGGGUUUGAG